AUGGAGCGCAGCGCGGUGGAAGUCAAGAGUAAGUUCGGAGCAGAGUUCCGGAGGUUCUCCUUGGAUCGCUCUAAACCCGGUCGGUUCCAGGAUCUCGUUAGCCUUCUGCAGCACGUACACCGGGUUCCUGCCGUCGACCUCGUGAUUGGAUACGCUGAUCUCCAUGGCGACCUGCUGCCAAUCACCAACGACGACAACUACCUGCGCGCCAUCGCUACGGCAACACCCAUGCUCCGCCUCUUCCUGCAGAGGACAGAGGAGGCAGACUUCUCCACGCUUGGCGCGGACUCAAACCUGCGUAAGAAGAAGGCGGUCCUGGGGGUGCUGAGGCCGGACCCUGGGCGGCGGCAGCCUGUGGCCAUCAGUAUCCCACGGGACUUCAGACCCGUGUCGUCCAUCAUCGACGUGGACCUGGUCCCAGCGACGCACCGCAGAGUCAGACUGUACAAACACGGGCGCGACAGACCCCUGGGCUUCUACAUCCGCGACGGCUCCAGCGUCAGGGUCUCUCCUCAGGGCCUGGAGAAGGUCCCUGCCAUCUUCAUCUCCAGGAUGGUCCCUGGGGGCCUCGCCCAGAGCACAGGGCUCCUAGCAGUCAACGACGAGGUCCUGGAGGUCAACGGCAUCGAGGUGCAGGGGAAGAGCCUGGACCAGGUAACAGACAUGAUGAUCGCCAAUAGCCACAACCUCAUCAUUACUGUCAAACCGGCCAAUCAGAGGAACAACGUUGUAAGGGGCGGGGCCUCUGCUGACAGUCUCCACGGUUACGAGAGCGUUGGCUCCGCCCACAUUGUGCAGAACUUCACGGCGAGCGACGAGAGCGAAGAAGAAGACGACGUGGUGAUCGAGCAGAGGGCGCCGCGUUACGAGCCACAUCUUUGCGAGGGCGCUCUGCAGUAUGAACAAGCCACCUCCCUCAGUGUUAGUCUGAGCAGUUUGACCAAUGGGGAGAGAGGGCGGAGCUUAGAGGAGGACGGGACCAUCAUCACGUUGUGA